UAUUGCGGCGAGUCUCCAUCCUGCUUUCACUAUCACUUUGAUUUAACGGAGGGAAAAAAAAGGUGGUGGAAGAAACCCCACGUCUCUCAGUAUGACAGGCUGUGUCUCAGCCUGGACGUUUCUCUGCUUCAUUUUUCACCUCUUCACCUUGAACGUUCAGUCCAACGCCGUGUCCUCCAGCCCCGCGGAGGAGAGCGUCCACCCGCGACCUCACGCCCGAACCCACGCAGGGUUGCCCGGCUUUGACCCGGGAGAUCCUGCUCCACAAUUCCGGCUCCAAACCCUAGACGGGGAGUUCGUCUAUCCUCCAGAAAACACCGAGACGCCCAGAUCGUCCGUGAUCAUCCACGCGUUCACGAACAAAUCCGCGUUCCUGGAGUGUCUCUGGGCGUCCAAUUCCUCAGUGUCUGAUCUGAUCGAGUUCCUUCCGUUGAGUGCUGAAGUUCUCGUCCUGUCUCUGGAUGAUUCUGCGGCUCAGGAUGUGCUGUGGAUGAGAGAGCAGGUGUACAGGGUCGCAGCCGCCGCAGCGCACAGGGGUAAGGAAAUUUUAUCCAGGCUUCAUUUCUCCCCCGUCCCUGUCUACGCCCUGGGGAACUGGAUACCCCGAGUGCUCUACUCAUGGGGAUGCGGCGGACACAACUGCGGUCUGGCACAAGCAGUGUUCACUAGUCCAGAGUGGAAGGUUCCGGUGAUUGUGAAGCGCCUGAACGCCAGGUACGACUGGCUGAGCGGCCGCUGGGAGCAAAGCCAGUACGUUGUGGUCGGGGCUGGGGACGGCUGCGAGCCCUUUCCUGCGGCCGCCGGAGCCGUGGCCUGGGUUUCCGAAAGCAGCUGCUCGUUCUUCACUAAGAUUAAAGCCAUGGAGGACUCCAAAGCAGUAGGUGUGCUGGUUUAUGUGUUACCUGGCAACCCGAUCCAGGAUAUGAACUGUGAUGGAGAUGAGUGCAACACCACCUUAAAAAUUGCAGCUUCUAUGCUGCACUUCGAGCCUGCUGUAUCUCAGGCGCUAUCGUCAGGAAAGAGGGUGAACGUGACGUUCCAGGUCACUCCAUCACCAAAUUUCUUUUUUGCGAUUGACCAGCAGGGGGCGCUGGCGGAGAUGGGCUGGUUUCUUUAUCCCACGUUCCGGUUCUUAAGCUGGCAGGCAGAGUGGUUUGACUUUGACUCCAGUUUGCUGCAGCGAAUGAAACAUCCUGCUGCUGUGGUUCCUGUGUUUAAUAACACGCUGAUGCAGGGAGAAGCAGGAGCUCGGGCCGUGGUGAAGCUUCCCAAAGACGUGUUGGAGUUCGACGUGUUGGAGCUGGACGCGGCCUUGUCGUGUCCCGGACGCCGGGACGAGACGUGCGCUCACUGGGACCACACGGUGCAGCUGUUCAUCUGCUGUGAUCAGUUUAGUCCUUACUGUGACCUGGAGCUCGGCCGCUGGAUCACCGCCUUCCGCAGAGGAACUGGCCGCUGGCUGACGGACGUAUCUUCGCUUCUUCCUCUGCUGGACAGCGAGCGCUGUGCUCUGGUCAUGAAGACUCCACCCUGGGCCAUGCCCUGGAUCACAUCCCUCAACCUGCGCUUCAGCCACAGCAACCGCACAGCUGGAAACUCAUCUGAGAAGCUUCACCCCUUCAAGCUGUCAUUUCUGUACAAGGGUGGGACGUUUGACAGGGAUUACAACUCCAGAUUUCAGGAGAUCAAGUUCACUGUUCCACCUUCAACAAAAAAGGUGGAGCUGUACGCUGUGAUCACAGGCCACGGCAGCGACAACAACAACUGUGGUGAAUUCUGCGUGACGUCACACUUCUUCCUCGUCAAUGGCGUCCACAACAACUCGCUCACGUUUCACUCUGCUGAUCAGCCGCUGGGCUGCGCCAUGCGCGUGGGUGAGGGGGCGGUGCCUAACGAACAUGGCACCUGGCUGUACGGCCGCGCCGGCUGGUGUGACGGACUGCAGGUGGACCCCUGGAGGAUCGACCUCACCUCACAGCUCGACCUGAACGGUUCCAACUCCAUUCUGUACUUCGGACUUUACGAGGGACGGAACCCCGAUCCUACCAGAGACCCGGGCUACAUCAUUAUGUACUCUUACCUCGUUUUUUAUAAGUGAUUUCUGAGAAUAAAUAAAACAAACAAACAAAAAGA